AUGUCUACAUCAACAACACCCCCCCUCCCCCACGAUCCCAAGCCCCACAUCCCCUACCUCACAUCCUACGACUCCCUCCCCGUCUCUCUCCCCGCCGACUUGCUCACCUCGGCGCCGCCCAAGCCCGUCACAGCGUCCCCCAUAGACUGGCGCUCGACGCCGCUCCCCGAAUGGCAGGGCCGCCACGCCACGGUCCUCGACAACGUCCUCACGCCCCAGGAGUGCGCGCUCCUCCUGGCCCUCGCCGAGCGCAGCGCCACGGACCAGGCCCGCCCCUGGCAGCCGGCCAUGGUCAACAUGGGCGCCGGCCGCGAGGUCCUGGAACCGGCGUACCGGAACAGCGACCGCAUCGUCUGGGACGAGGACGAGGUCGUGCGCCGGCUGUGGGCGAGGCUCAGGCUCGCGCGGCACGCCGACGGCGCGCCCUUCUUCGCCGACGACGGGCCCUUGGCGUGGGCGGCGGGGGAUGCCGUCGACGGCGGGUGGCGGUUCUGGGGGCUCAAUCGCAGGAUGAGGUUUCUGAGGUACGGACCUGGGCAGUUUUUCCGACGUCAGUCUUACCUCUUCUUCUUCUUCUUCUUCUUCUUCUUCUUCUUCUUCUUCUCCUGUGGGCAAGCGAAACGCAAGAGGCGCACUGACUCGACGACAGCACACUGCGAUGGGACGUACGAGGAGGCCUCGGAGGGACGGCAUCGGAGGACGUAUUACACGGUGCACUUCUACCUCAACGACUCGGUGCAGGCUGUUGGCGAUGACGCCGGAGCGGAUCUCAGGGGCGGCGCGACAUGUUUUCUUUCGUACGACGAGAAGAGGAGGCUCAACGUCGAUCCCAAGGCGGGGCGGGCGCUCAUUUUCCAGCACCCGCGCAUGUACCAUGCGGGCGACGAUGUUUUGGCGGGCACAAAGUACACGAUGCGGACAGAGAUGAUGUAUGAGCUCGUAGACGGUGUCUCCAAGGACAGACAUGAUGCGGAGCUGGCUUGA